AGCGGGCAACCGCAUCGACAAUGCCGCUCAUCUCGCUCGCAGGACGUUGGGCCCGCUGGUCGGCCCGCGCUGCUGUGGGAACAAGCGAUGCGGCUGCAAUCGCGUUCAAGUCAUCGUCUCUGCUCUCGGCUGCCAAUGCUGUCUCGCUUGCCGCCAUCCUUCCACAAGCAUUCUUUGCCUCGGCUGAAAACGAGGCUGUCCUCAUGCGCGAGGACGGCCUCGACUGGGCUCCCAUCUUCAGCCCCGACUCGCUUGGCUACUCGCUCCUCUCGCUCAGGCUUGCUCUCCGCGAGGUCAAGAGCCCGACUUUAAUUAUCAUCGAAGAUGAUCGUGGCUGGAUCUUUGGAUGCCUCACAGCAUCGCCCUGGGUCCUCUCAUCACGGCCUGGCGAGUUCUACGGCUCACGCUUUGCCGCUAUCUUCAACCUGUGGCCUCUUGGCGAGAUCUGCCCCACAUCGCCCAACGUCCCGCCCUCGCGCCGCAACAUCCAGCAUCUCACUUCCUCUCUGCUAGCUGUGGGUGGCUCUACAGACUUUCCGGGCCUCUCACUCGACGACGCUCUCGAGUCAGGCACGUCGUGCCCGACGGUCGUCUUCCGCUCCCCGGCCCUCGCCGCCUCGCUCGAUUACUCAGUCGUCCGUCUCGAAGCAUGGGCUCUUGUCCAGCACAUCGAUGACAGCACACCGCCCCUACAGUUGGACCUUGCUGCUACUCGACUCAUUCAUCACGACGUUCUCUCUGCCUUUGACUUUACCUUCUCUACCGUCGAGGCUGACUCGGACGGCUCCGACGGCUUCGAGCUCAUCGACCCGAUCCUCGUCCCUGCAGACGCUGCCAGCCUCGUUGGCCCUAGCUCUGCACUCGACGGUGCCACCCAAGCCGUCCUCGACCUGGCCGACAUCGGCUCAUUCAACCGCAACCACUUUGGCUGAACCUGUCCCCACAUCGCAAACUGCAACACAGUCGAGGUGGUACAACGUAUUGCUUUGAUUCUACCGCUACUCACGCCACUAUUUCGCGUGAAUAGUCUGUCGAGAAGUGACAAUCCAGCAUCGGAGGUGGCAUCACUGCUUCCACAACAGGCCGAGUUGGACAUGCAGCUCAGCAGGUGGUUUAUUCUCAGCCAUCGCGACUGCGGCUGCCACGACGAGAAUGACUCUUGCUUCUGGCAUCAUUUCCGCGCCCGCGCCCACGCCCGCGCCCGCGCCCGCGCCCGCGACUUUGCCCACGCCCUUGUCCGCGUCCCUUACCGCGCCCGCGUCCACGGGACUUGGCCUCCUCGCUCUGGCUGUGCACACGAGCCCUACCCUUACCCUUGCCCUUGCCCUUGCCCUUGCCCUUGCCGCGACUCGCGCCCGUUGAUGGCGUCGCGGUGGACGCUUCGGCGGCAGCAGCCUCGGCAGCAGCGACAGCGGCAUCGACGAGCGCGACCUCGCGCUGGAUCUCCUCAUCUUCUAGAAUUUGCGCGAGCGAGAGCGGCGACGACGACUUGACCAUGCCCCACGCCGAGGUGGCAAACCCGCCGCCACCCGCCUUUUCAGCCGCCUGCUCGGCCUGAAUCUCGGCCAGUGAGCGCGACGGUGAGGUGGUCGGCGGCGAUGCCGCCAGGCCGCCCCAUUUCGGCUUGCGACGGCUGCCGCGGAUAGGAACGGGACUUGAUGCCUGUGAGGUGUCGGCGGCGGCAAGCGAGGCACGGAUGUCGAUGUGUGGUGACGAUGGCGACGCCGCCGACCAGCCUCUUGGCGGAGAUACAGCAGCCGCGAUCGACGCAGCCUCGGAAGCUCGCAGUGAGGCUCGUAGGUCAAGCGCCGGAGGUGUGCUUGCCGCCGGCGGGCUACUGGCAGACGGAGAUCCCCAGGCCGACGCCGUGGAUGACUCCUGAAUCCCUACUGCCACCGGCGCAGACGGAAUGCGCGCGCGGAGCUCCUUGCGACGCUUCCGCAGUGCACGCAGGUUGCUUGUCCGCUCAAGGUCGCUGUGCGAGAUGCGCGCGCCAGAGCGGGCACGCUCAUCCAACGUCCGCACAAUAGCAAUCUCGCGUUCUAGCUCACCAAGCUCCAGAUGAAUGUUGGAGACUACCAGCUCUGCAUCGCGUUCAGGCCCGCUCUCAUCCCAAGACACAAAGACAUACUCGUCCCAGUCGCGGGCAUCUGCCGCAGCAGCCGCAGCUUCGGCCGCAGCAGCAGCUUCGCGAGCCGCCGCCGCUGCAAGUGCAGCCUUACGAUCCGCCU